AGUUUGUAUAAUUCUUUGGUAGAGUUAAUGGACAGAAGGCUAUGGGAGGCUGCUCAGAAAGGAGAUGUUCAUCACUUGCAAAGCUUGAUCAAAGAAGUCCCUUUUUUGCUCGGGGCAGUUUCAUUAGCAGGAAAUGGAACUCCUCUGCAUAUUGCUUGUUUGAGUGGCCAUUCUGAGUUUGCUAAGGAGAUCAUUCAUUUGAGGCCAGAAUUUGCAAGAGAACUAAACCAGGACGGUUUCAGCCCUUUGCAUAUUGCCUCAGCAAAUGGGGAUAUAGAGAUUGUGAAGCAGCUUUUGAGCAUUGACCGUAAUCUAUGCCUUCUCAAGGGGAAGGACAGAAGAAUUCCUCUUCACUAUGCAGUAGUCAAAGGCAGAAAACAUGUCAUAAUGGAGCUUCUUGUGGCUUCUCCGGACUCUGCAGAAGAAGUGACUGCUCGUGGCGAGACUUGUCUUCAUUUAGCUGUCAAGAAUUAUCAGUUUGAAGCAUUCAAAUUAUUACUUGACAACCUCAAGGAAUUUAACAAGUAUGAUCUCUUAAACAAGAAGGAUAUCCAAGGAAACACUGUUUUGCAUCUUACCGUGUCGACUAAGCAAUACGAGGUUGUUGAUCUAUUGCUCAAUGAAAAUGUUGUUGCUACGGGCACUAUUGAGAUGAAUUCUUUGAACAAAGCAGGCCUUACACCUUUGGAGGUACUACUUAAGGAAUCUGGAGAUAGAGAUAUUGAGGAAAUUCUAGGAGCAUCUGGUGCUGUAUCUGUUGAAAACUUACAGUCAUCGCAACAAGAAGCUUUGCCCCAAUCUUGUGUUGUUCCAGUACAAGGUCCCUCAAAUGAACAACCUAGCAGAGAGCAAAGAAGGGACCGGUGUCAAUCUCACUCUAAGAAGCUUCAAGAUUUCUUCAAGUACAAUAAAACCAAAGAUCCUCCAGGAAAAGUAAGAGACACCCUUCUUGUGAUAGCUAUUCUAAUUGCAACAGCAACUUAUCAAGCAGUGCUUAGUCCACCAGGAGGUGUUUGGCAAGAUAGUUAUUGGCUCGAGGCCAAUAACAGCACCAAUAAUGAUGGCGAAAUGCCCUUGCCACAUAUCGCUGGACAGUCAGUGAUGGGAACCAACAAUCCAAUUACCUAUGGCUUGUUCUUGGUUUUCAAUUCCAUCGGAUUUUUCGUGUCCCUUCACACGAUAAAUUUCCUCACCAUAGGAUUUCCUUUGCAAUUGGAACUGCAAGUUUCACUUGUUGCCUUGGUAGCAACCUAUGAUACUGUGAUGUCUGCCAUAACGCCUAACAGAGGAAUUUCUCUCUUCUUUUUUAUCUUUUCUUCAGUCUUUCCAAUUUUGUUGCCUUACAUUACAAAAUUUGUGAGAAACUAUUGCAAGAAACCUAGAUUCUUGUCAAGAUUUAUAAACUGUCCAGCUACUUGAGCAACAUCUUCUUGUAUUAUAUUCUUCCUUUGAGGUUCAAUCAGGAUAUAUUGAGAUUCUAAAAUAAAACUCGUGUACGAGAUUCAAUUACAAUCUCUUUUCCUUUA